CCUUUACGCGAUGACGCAAUUUUUGCCUUGUUGGAAGGUGGUUUCGGGAGGAAGCGCUGUGACGGUGGACGGUAGCAGCGAAGAAAAGCAGAAUAGAGAAACCAAAAGACAUCCAGACCCACUCACUCGAAUGGUAUUUUGUCUCCUGUCAUCAAACGAUGUCAGUCACUGAGGACCUUCCAGACAUGGAUGGAACAGACCUCUUAGGGCUGCUGUUCCACAAUGGAGAGGAUGGAUCUACUGAGCCCUUUUUUCCUGAUGAGAACGGGCUCAUCGAAUCCUGGCUGUCAGAACAAGAUAUGCUGACAGGUGUGGAUACAGAAGACUUCCUGUCCAGCUUGUUAGAUGGAGAAGACAACAUGGAGGCCAUCUGUCCCUCUCAUUCUCCACUCGGCAGCGACAGCGGCAUUUCUGAUGACAGCAGCACUGGAGCUGGAAACAACAAUCUUCUGGGAUGCCCGAGUCCUCAUGGCAGCGAUAGUGACGUUGUGCCCAGUCCCAGCUAUUCUCAGCCCAGCCCAGUGCAUUCUGACCCUGCACUGACUUCCGGAGAGCUGCAAACAGAGAGCCUCGAGGCCUUAACAGUGCAGGCAGAUCACAGCUACUCUCUGCUGCAGAGCGGUGGGAGCGAUAUGGACAUGCUGCAGAGUGUGAGGGCAGAGAAGCUAGACACAGACGUCUUCAUUGAUCUGGAUGACCUGGUGAGUGAGGCAAUGGAGGAGGACAUCACCAGCGAGCUGCCCUGCACUUUGGCCAUAGAAGACUCAGCAGAGGAUUCAGCACAGGAUAACAUAACAGACCAGUUUCAGUUUAAAGAGAUUGUGCUCACUGAGGAGGAGAAGCGGCUUUUGGCAAAAGAGGGAGCAACCAUUCCCACGCACAUGCCUCUCACAAAGGCAGAGGAGAGGACUUUGAAAAGGGUCAGAAGGAAGAUCCGCAACAAGCAGUCUGCUCAGGAGAGCCGCAAGAAGAAGAAGGUGUAUGUUGAUGGACUGGAAAACAGGGUCGCCAUCUGCACCGCACACAACCUGGAACUACAGAAGAAAGUCCAAAUGCUUCAGAAACAGAAUAUUUCCUUGAUAGAGCAACUGAGAAAACUACAGGCUUUGGUGAAGAUGUCAACUAUGAAGGCCAGCACCACCAGCACUUGUGUUAUGGUGUUCCUGCUCUCUUUCUGUCUCAUCAUCUUCCCGUCAGUCAAUCCAUUUGGCAGAAAAACUGAAGAGAAGGAACUCUACGCACUCUCACCAGUUCUCUCCCGGACCUUGCGCUCACUGCCACCAGACAGCACAGAUGCCAUAUCCUACCUGGAGCAUGAGGAGGAGGAGCUUCUCCUAGUGCCCCCAGCAGAGGUGGAUAACGUUAAAGCCAUCUUCGCAGGCGGCCAGAAGAACCACACUCCCGACUACCAGAGGGUGGAGCAGCCGGACUCGGAAUCUGGCAUCAACAGCAACUCUUCGGCAGACUUCCCCAGUCCUGGCCAGGCAGCAGAGAUGAAGCCGGGUCCGGCCGGCGGCGUCGGGGCCAUACGGGAUGGACCAAUUGAUGCUGUAGUGGCAUCUGCUGUGGCAUAUGAGGUCGCAGGGUCCAAGGAUAACUGGAUAGACCGGAACCCCCCCUCUGUAAUAUUACAGCAGCACCGCUCUGAUGAGAUGUAGUAGGGACAUGUUAAUCCUUGUAACCAGCAGAGGGAGCCAAAUUCCUCAUGUUUUGGGUACAAGAGGGAAACUUACACUUGAAAAAGGAGGAAGGGAAAAAUACCAUCAUUUAUCUAGAUAUAGUAUCAUCCUGUUUGUCCCUGCUUUUUCCUUUUAACAGCUUUCUGCCGUUCCACACUUACUUUAUUUGCACUUUGUACUGAUUUCCUUGCUCCAGAGGGCAAAAAGAGAGAUUCACAUGCUUCAGCAGUGUAAACUACUUGAAGAAUAGGGUAAUGCUGCAGUGAUAUAUAUGCCUGCCCUGCUGGAGGCCAGAUGCUACUGAGGGCUCUUAACUUGUUGUACAGCAUUGUGUAGACGACCAAAAUCUGUAAAUUCAGUGGCAUCACCACAGGAGCGUUCAUAACGAAGUGGAUUACUUCAGUAAAAGUACAACUCAAUGGCAUUAUUAUUUAUCACCAAAUCUUGGGGACAGCUUUAUUUGACCACAGUUUGUCCGAUCACCUCCAUCAGAUCUAGAUGUUAAAAUAUGCUGCUCACAAAUGAUUCACCCAAAUCAUAGCUUACAUUGCCAUAGUAAAUUAUCAUGAAAAUAAGUAGUCCAGUGGUUUGUACUGCUAAAUAGUUGGCGACAUCUAUUGCGUAGUAGAAGUUAGGCUGCUUGAUUCUCGUAAAGCUUGAUGGAAGUGGUUGUUGACCACUGUAAUGCUUAAGCCAUUGCAGGACAUUUGGCCAUUUAGAAGACUUGUAAAGUUUGUUUUUAUUUCCCUUGUAACAAGGGUAUCCAUGCUCCUUUUCAUUUUGGAAUGCUUUGUUUUUAUGUUGUACAGUGAAGCAAGACAAAAUACAGAAAAAGACACUGAACCCUUGACUCUGCCAUUGUUAGCUGAUGCCAGUCCACCCCUGCGCUCACUUUUACAGCUUUGUGGGACAGUUGUUACCUUUAUUAAACAUGUCUGAUUCUGCCGUAGCACCUGCGUGCACAGAAUAAGGGGUUUGAUAUAUUUGCUCGGUGAACUGUUUUGCAGUUAAAUAUACUCAAAAAUGUAAUGAGCUGUUUCUCAGUGAGGCAUUUUUGUUAUUUUAUGUGAUUUUUUUUUGUUACUGUUGAUAAUACAUGGAAUCUAAAUUGUAUUGAAACUACUUUUUGUUGUAAAUGAGAUUUUAAGUGUUAAUCAUGUUAAACAAAUGCACUGACAUUUGUCGUAGUCCAAGAAUGGAAUGUAAAUAUAUGAUUGUAGCUCUUUCUGUACAUUUGAACUCUUUAUGUAUAAGACAUGUCUGAACAUCUAUAAUAAUAAACUUUUUAUAUAUCAGAAUGAAA